GCCAGCCAUGAGCCGCCAGCUGACCCUCUAUCCAGGUGCCGCGGAGCGCCUGGGCUUCAGCGGAUGCUCCGCGGUCCUCUCAGGCCGGCUCAGCGGCAGCCACGCCUCCGUCCGGGCCGGGGUCAAGGGCGCAGCGUUCGGCAGCAGGAGCCUGUUCUGCCUCGGGGGCGGCCGGCGGCUGGCGUUGAGUUCUGCGGGACGGAGCGGCGGCGGCUUCGGGCUAGGCCACGGAGGGGCGAGCCACGGUGGGCGUCCCGGGGGUUUCGUGGGCACCGUCUUCGGCAGCGCGGGGCUGGGUCCCACGUGCCCAUCUGUGUGCCCACCCGGUGGCAUCCCCCAGGUCAUCGUCAACAAAAGCCUCCUGGCUCCUCUCAAUGUGGAGCUGGACCCUGAGAUCCAGAAGGUGUGCUCACAGGAGCGGGAGCAGAUCAAGGCUCUGAACAACAAGUUCGCCUCCUUCAUCGAUAAGGUCCGCUUCCUGGAGCAGCAGAACCAGGUGCUGGAGACCAAGUGGGAGCUGCUGCAGCAGCUGGACCAGAGCAACUGCAGGAGGAGCCUGGAGCCCAUCCACGAGAGCUACAUUAGCAAUCUGCAGAAGCAGCUGGAGAUCCUGUCUGGGGACAGAGUGAGGCUGGACUCCGAGCUGAGGAACAUGCGGGAAGUGGUGGAGGACUGCAAGAAGAGGUACGAGGUGGAGAUUAACAGGCGCACCGCCGCCGAGAACGAGUUUGUGGUCCUGAAGAAGGAUGUGGACGCCGCCUACACGAACAAGGUGGAGCUCCAGGCCAAGGUGGAUGCCCUGACAGACGACAUCAACUUCUUCAAGGCUCUCUAUGAAGGGGAGACUGCUCAGAUGCAGUCGCACAUCAGCGAUACGUCCGUGGUGCUGUCCAUGGACAACAACCGGCAGCUGGACCUGGACAGCAUCCUCCAUGAGGUUCGAGCCCAGUAUGAGGAGAUCGCCGUGAAGAGCAAGGCGGAGGCUGAGAACAUGUACCAGUGUAAGAUCCAGGAGCUGCAGGCCACAGCGGGCCAGCACGGGGACGACCUCAAGCUCACUAAGUCCGAGAUCACAGAGAUCAACAGGCUGAUCCAGAGGAUCCACUCGGAGAUAGGGAACAUGAAGAAGCAGUGCUCCAACCUGGAGACGGCCAUCGCGGACGCCGAGCAGCGAGGUGACUGUGCCCUCAAGGAUGCCCGGGCCAAGCUGGACCAGCUGGAGGGAGCCCUGCAGCAGGCCAAGGAGGAGCUGGCCAGGAUGCUGUGUGAUCACCAGGAGCUGAUGAAUGUCAAGCUGGCCCUGGACAUGGAGAUCGCCACCUACAGGAAGCUGCUGGAGGGCGAGGAGAGCAGGAUGGCUGGUGAAUACCCAAAUUCUGUGAGCAUUUCUGUCAUUAGCAGUACCAGUGCAGUACCAGGAGGUGCUGGCUUCAGCGUGGGCUUUGGUGCCUCCAGUGGUUACAACUACAGACCUCUGGCUCUGGAGGUGAAGACCAAGGGCAGCUGUGGCAGCGAGCUCAAGGAUCCCUCUGCCAAAGCCUCAGGCAGCAGCUGUGUAACCAAGAAGGCAUCCGGAUGACAGACAGGUGGUGGUGGUGCUGUGAGCAGGAGGCCGUGG